CCCAUAAUCACCCAAAAAAAUAGGUUUUUACGUAUUUUUUUGAAAAUAUGUAAGUAAUACCAAUAAAUUAUUUUUAUAAAUUGUAUUGAUCAAUUCUACAAUAUUAAAUAAAACGUUAACUAAUAAUAUUUCAGGAAAUUUUAAAAAUCUAUAUAUAAUAAAAUGAAAGUAAUUAAUUUUCAGUGUUUUCAUGUUGCAGUUGAUCAACAUGUUGGCCUUUUGCUUCCCGUAGAUACUUUAAAAUUUCUUCAUAACACCUCGUUCGCACACAUGGCCGUAUAUAUUUAAAUUCUUGAGCCACUAACAGUCCGAAAUACUCAUUUCUUUUAUCCUCUUCUCCAUAAAUUAAGCAUUUAGAACAGUUUGUUUCUUCUUUCAGUAAAUUUUCUUUUACUUUAUCCUCGUUUUUUUCUUUGUUGCGACGACGCUGGGUAAAUCAUCUGGACACUGGGUCUCACUAUCGCCAAAUAUAUUUGGAGAUCGGCUUCGGCUACGGCUUGGCAGACAUUUUUUUCUUUCUACAAUUUUAAAUUAAAUUUAUUAGAAUAAAUGCUUCGAACACACGCGAUCUAAGUACCUUUUGUGUUUAUUAUACCUUACCUACCUAGGUAUAAAAAGAGUACUUACGUAGAUUUUCUUUUAUUAACUGUUUUAUACGAAGAUCUUGAUCUCUUAAAUUAGCAUCCAUUUUACUUCCAGUGAUUAUCAACUAAAUUAAUAAUCCACAAAGUAUUAAAUAACGUUUUUAUGAAAUAUUUAGCACAAAAACAAUACCCUUUAAAUAUCGAUCGUCAGUAACUGUGGCUGACUUACCUAUAUUCUAGCAAGCAGGACUGCCAGAUGUGAAGGGGAAAUCCCCAAUAAAUUGUUGCAUGUGACUGAUGAUGUGAGCAUGUUCGUUUCAUAAUAAAAAUGUUGCCAGGUAACCAAAAAGUCGUAUGUUUUUGUGCGAAUUACGAUCAUAAUCUUUACGAUCGUACAUUAAAAAAUAGACAAAUAAUAGUAUGAGUACGAUUUAAAUCGUAUAUCUGUCAACCCUGCUAGCAAGACAGCGACAAAAUCACGUUGCAUAACAAUGUAGCCCAAGCUUAUAUCUUAUGAAAUAUACGGAAGAGAUACGGACUUAGAAAAAACAGAAAUGUUGUUCUUUGUGGAAGUCAUUGAUGAAAUUCUAUGUAUUUUAGCCCGCAAACUUUCUUCAAACAAAAACAGCGCCAUCUAGUAUCGAGUUCUGUAAUUAUCUCUUUGUUUAUGGAUUUGAAGUAAGACCGCCACGCAUGCAAUACAUUAUGACUGGGGAUUCCCCUAUUCGUCGACGCUGAAUAUGAGGCGACGACAAUCACUGUCAAACGUGUUCACUAUUACUCUGACUCUGGUAACGUGACUUCCUGGUAACGUGUUAGGUAGGAAAAGCAGUAAAAAAGUGCAUAUUAAGGGAGCAGAUUUGAAAUAAUAUUUAUACUUAACAAGAAAUAAUUAAAGGUUCAAUGGGGAGACCUAAAGAUUUACGCAUAUGGGAGCACUACCGUACUUUACCAAACAAGUCUGUUUCUUGCAAGCUUUGUAAUAAGGUCUACAAAUUCAGUAAUGCUGCCAAAAUGCUUCAACAUCUUAUCACUUGUCCAAAAUCUCCAGAAACAUUAAAAGACUCUAUGAAACUUAUAAAAGAUAGCUCGUCCAAAACCAAAAUGUCUGGACUGUCAGAGAUAGAGACAAAUGAUUCUUUUAUAAGCCCCUCGUCGUCUGCUAACACUACAAUAAAUGCUGAGUUUCAAGACACCGAUGAUCAUAUAAAAACAGAAUUAGCGAGAGCUAUAUUUGUAACAGGGACGCCAUUAUCGAUGGUGCAACAUCCUUUAUGGAUACAAUUUUUCGAAAAAUUGCAACCAAAAUUUAAAAUACCUUCACGUAAAGCUUUAGCGACAAAAUACUUAGAUAAAAUAUAUAGAGAAAUGCGUUUUGAGUUAAAUGAGGAACUAAAUGCUUGUAGUUACUUACACCUUCAGUGCGAUGGCUGGUCUAAUUUAAGAAAUGAAGGAAUAAUAAACUUUCUUAUAUCAAAACCUCAACCUGCAUACGUUAAAAGUUUGAAUACAGAAAGUAAUCCUCACACUAGUGAAUACCUUAGCCAAGAAGUUGAAAAAGUAAUGAAAGUGUAUGGAGCAAAUAAGUUUCUUGUACUUAUUGGCGAUAACGCUAGAAAUAUACAAAAGGCAUUCGAAUUAACAAAACUCAAAUAUCCACAUGUUGUUCCUCUCGGUUGCUGUGCACAUAUCCUUAACUUGUUGUGCCAAGAUAUUGUAAAGAUACAAGAAGUAACUGUGUUUAUUAUGCAAGCCAUAAAUAUAAUAAAAACUGUUAAAAGGAGUCAACGAUUAAGUUCCUUGUUGAUAAAAUCAAGGCAGGGUGAAGAUUCUACACAAACACUAAAAUUGCCUUGUGCUACAAGAUGGGGAAGUCAUGUUACUUCGUUAAAAAGUUUGAAAGCAAAUAAGAUAGCUUUGCAAAUAUUAACAGUUAGAGAAGAUGUGGUAAUUUCAAGAGAUAUUAAAGAUUUAAUUCUAAGUGAUGAUUUCUGGACGAAAACAGGGGAAUGUAUAAGUAUUUUGGAACCAGUCACUGAAAGCAUAUUUUACUUAGAGAGCGACCAGAAUCGUUUGCAUCGCACAUACAUUACAUUUAGAGAUGUACAAGCUAAGAUACGUUUUGCAUUAAAUGAGAUUUCGACAUUGAGCGAAGAAAGCAAACAGCAGAUUCUAACAUCAGUAUCUUCAAGAUGCAAUAUGGCAAUGAGGCCAAUACAUUUUGCAGCAUAUAUUCUAGACCCCAGGACUCUAGGAGUCGAACUUACUCAAGAGGAAGAACUUAAGGGUAUGGAGUUUAUCUACAAUUUAAGCCAACACUUAAGUUUGUCAAAUGUAAUGGCAGAUUUGGCGUGUUAUAAAGCUAAAGAAAACUUUUGGGCCAGAGGAUUUGUAUGGAGCUCAUUAGAUAGCAUUGAGCCCCUAAUAUGGUGGAAAGGUAUUUGUGGUUCCACUGAGUUAAGCAAAGUAGCGAUUCGUAUUCUAUCAGCUCCCUGUACUUCGGCAGCCACUGAGCGUUCCUUUAGUAUCCAAGGCUACAUACAUAAUAACAAAAGAAAUCGACUUACAACUGAAAGAACUGAAAAAAUUUCAUUCAUUUGUUAUAACUGGAAUCUUAAACAUAAAGCUGAAUGCGAGGACAUUCAGUUUAAUGAAGAAAAUACCUUAGAAGCUUUCAUUGAGCAAGUAAAUGAACAUAACAGUUUAGACGAAAUAGAGCCUAUCGAACCUAUACAAUUCAUCGCUUGUAAUAACUCUGAAUCUGACAGUGAUUGACUGUAGUUUUACAUUUUACUUUCAUCUCUUUCUUAAUAAACUCAAAAUCAAAUUAAAAGUUUUUUAUUCUGUAGGCUGCAUAAUAAUAUUGUCUAUGUCCAGUAUAGUGGACGUCUUGCGGCUGAGAUGACGAUGAUGAAGUACAAAAUCAUAAACACCCAAAAAUUUGGGUGUUUAUGGGGUUUAAACCCAAUAAACCCAAAACACCCGGUUUUUACCCACCAGACUUUAAACCCACCCAGGUGGAUUGCCCAUCUCU